GCUCGAAAACAGAGUUUCAAGCAGCAACCACCAUGUAAGCACACACAAAACCAGCUGUAACUGUCAAUUGAGAACGUCUCACUUCUUCUGGCAUCAUUUUCGUCUCUCGAUGAUUUCGGCCGGAAAACGACAGUUGAUUUGCUGUCCGUCGCCGGAGUUCGGCCUCGGUGACUCUGCGUCGUCGACGUUAGGGUUUUUGAAGUUGCCGGUGUCUGAUCGGAGUGGCAAGAGUUUGGGACUCGCGAGAUCUGGUUUUUUCGCUCCAGUUAAGGCAAUGAAGAAUUCUAAAACGUCGUACGUCAAUAACAAAGCCGAUUUCGUUCCAGAAUUGCACGAUAGCUCAUUGAUCAAUGAUUAUGAUGGUAAAAGUAUCCGCCAGAUGUCUACGAUUGGAAAUUCGACAAACAUUGUUUGGCAUAAGUGCUCGGUUGAGAAAAUUGACAGGCAGGAGUUACUUCAGCAAAAGGGUUCUGUCAUUUGGAUCACAGGUCUCAGUGGUUCAGGAAAGAGCACUUUGGCGUGUGCUUUAAGCCGAUGCUUACACUCCAGAGGAAAGCUCACCUACAUCCUUGAUGGUGACAAUGUUCGUCAUGGUCUAAACCGUGAUCUUAGUUUCAAAGCAGAGGAUCGUGCAGAAAACAUACGAAGAACUGGGGAGGUCGCGAAGCUCUUUGCUGAUGCUGGAGUUAUUUGCAUUGCUAGUUUAAUAUCUCCCUAUAGAAGGGAUCGAGAUGCCUGCCGUGCACUAUUGCCAGAUGGAGAAUUCAUUGAGGUGUUUAUGGAUAUGCCUCUCCCAGUUUGUGAAGCAAGGGACCCUAAGGGCCUGUACAAGCUUGCUCGAGCUGGAAAAAUUAAAGGUUUUACGGGGAUUGAUGAUCCGUAUGAGCCACCAUUCAAUGCUGAGAUAGUAUUACAACCGAAAGGAGGUGUCUGUUCUUCCCCGAGAGACAUGGCUGAAACAGUGAUGUCUUACUUGGAGGAAGAAGGCUAUCUCAGUGCUUAAUUUGUGAACAAUGCAGAGUAGAGUCCCUGGCCGUGGAACUUGUGUCUGCCUGGACAAUAAAUAUGCUGCGAAAUUGCAAAUGUCUGAUUUUCUGCUUGAGGGAAACUACUCGUUUCCUGUUUCCAUGCUUGAAUAAUGAUCCAUGCUUGUUUGAUAUCUAGUUAAUUAAUCGAUUGAUUAAUUAAUUUAUAUCUGUUGUAAUCUGGAUUGUAAUAAAUGAGAAAUGUGGCAAGUGUCAUUGAAUAUUCUGUCUGUUAUAAAUGGGCUUCUCGUCGUGGAACAAAAGUUUGGUCCGGAGAUGUUGGCACCUUAUAUGUAUUUUAUUUUUAAUUUUUUUUUAAUAUCUAAGUGUAUAUAUCUAUCUAUCUGUAUUGGUUUU